AUGGCAUCAGUGAUGGUUCCCCGUCUUCCUACCCUUGGUGCUUUGAAUCUAAGGGCCAUUUCAUGGUUUUCUGCUCAUGAAAAGGCUCCUCUGACAGCCAGAAAGCAUGAAAAUACCUCAAGUCUGGUCCUGUUCAGAGAGGAAAGCACAGCUCUGCCACCAAGAGCAUCUUCAGCGGUCAGCAGUAAGGGUGAAUACAUCGUCACCAAGCUGGACGAUCUGAUCAACUGGGCGCGCAGAAACUCCUUAUGGCCCAUGACCUUUGGCCUGGCAUGUUGUGCAAUGGAGAUGAUGCAGAUGGCCGCCCCUCGUUAUGACAUGGAGCGGUUUGGUCUUUUGUUCAGAGCCAGUCCCAGACAGGCUGAUGUCAUGAUAGUCGCCGGGACGCUAACCAACAAAAUGGCUCCUGCAUUGCGUAAGAUUUAUGAUCAAAUGCCAGAACCCAGAUACGUUAUUUCCAUGGGAAGCUGUGCUAACGGUGGGGGCUACUAUCACUACUCUUACUCGGUGGUCCGGGGUUGUGAUCGCAUCGUCCCAGUGGACAUCUACAUCCCAGGUUGUCCUCCAACAGCAGAGGCUCUGCUUUAUGGCACGCUGCAGUUACAGAAGAAGAUCAAGCGAGAAAAGAGAGUGAGAAUUUGGUAUCGCAAGUGAAGUGUGAUUGUGUUUGUGCGUCUGUUCUGAGAUGUUUUAAUACUGAUUUAAUACUGCUCAUGUGUUGUGCUCCGGAGGCUGAUUUCUCACCAGCUCCUCCUCUUUGUAGCAACAAUAAAGACUUUCUGACUUCUGUUUGAUGC